AUGGCGAACUUUAUCAUGCCUCGGACCACUUGCCAUGAGUCAGACACACUAUCUUCGGACGAAUUGACCAACACCCCACGCAAGAAGCCGUUCACAGGAGCCAUUCAUCUGAAUACCCUUUGGUGUCUGCCGUGUUUUCGCGAUGCAGUCCGCGAAUGGAUGGGCGAUGAGGUUUGGGCCCUUCAGAUUGAUUGCUAUAUAGUGAAUGCUCCGUCCAAGGCGUGUGAUCCUUGUAAAGCAUUCGACCAAAAAUGUGAUCUGAUCCCCCAGGGAAUUCGGGGCCAUGUUUUCGAACUGAUGGCCUUGAUUACAUUCGUGGAAAAAUACUGGAUGGACUGCAUUGAGCAAUGGCAGGACGAUGACAACCCAGAGGCCGAGUGGCCCGGAGAUUUCAUCAAGCAACUUUCCUCCGCUGUCAAGAGCCUCUGUGCUGCCUUCGAUGACCUGGUCGAGACACAUCGCAAGGCUCAUUUGUUGAUAGGCAAUGUCUCGGAUGAAGCUAAGGCUGGCUACUCUGCUUGGUGCAAUGCUAGGGAGCAUACGAUCUGUCCCAGCACUCAUCGUAGCGACAAGCUGCAUCUUCAGUAUGCCUUCCGAGCCACGGAGUACCUACGCCUCCGGAUGGGCGAAGAAGGAUCAGUGCACUGGGCCAUGUCAAUUUGGUCCUUUUAUCAGACUGUCAGAACCUCGGUUGGAUGCUAUGUCAAGACAAAGAACACCUAUUUCACUCGCAGCCACAUCGACUACAUCGAGAAAGAGUUUCCUCUGGAGGCUCCUGAGUUUUGA